UGAUUGCUGCCUCAUGAAAUACGACGGUCCAGACUCUAUCCAUCAGCAACGACUUUCUCUUCUCUUCGGCUCUCAGCUCAUAUCUCGUCAUUUACUCUUUAUCGUGGCCCCGUCAUCAGAUAAAUCGGCUUCAGUGCCGGCAGACGUCCCCCCUGUCGAGGGCGGGAGGGAGCAGGUUGGCCAUCGGCUCGAAGUGGCGGCGCACAACGCCCUGGAGAAGAGCGUCAUCGAGAUGGCGCUGAGCACAAUCGAGGGGGUGCCCAAUCUCUAUGUCGGAGGUCUAUGGGCCCUCCGCCGCUCACAAUCGCUUCUGGACCGCAAGAUCACACACGUCCUGUCCCUCGUCUCCUUCAACCCUUCCAGUCUCAAAAACUUCAAGGACGAGCCCUUUUCCGAGUACGGCAAGCCGUUCAAGCAUCUUCUCAUUGACAUUGACGAUGUCGAAGACUCGGAUCUCCUCAUUGAGCUGCCAAGGGCCGUCAAGUUCAUCGACGAGGGCCUCCGGAGCGGGAGGAGUCAGCACCAGAGCUCCAACAGCGAUGCUGUGGCUAGUGUAGUGGAGGCAGUUGAGAGCAUCAGCCUGGAUGCCUCCAAGGAGCCAGGCCAGUCCACAUCAAAUUCAGCAGCAGCACCAGCUCAAACCUCAAAUUCAGGAUCACCUCCACGGAACCCCCCCAAACGCGGUGCCGUCUUCGUCCACUGCGCCGCCGGAAAAUCUCGUUCCAUCUCCGCCAUCAUCGCCUACCUUCUCUGGCGUUACCCGGAUCGCUUCACCGGCCCUGCAGGCUCACAGCUGGCUGCGACUCUACCUGAAGACCAGCAUCCGGAAGACAGCUACAGGUCCUUUAGCGAGCCCGUUCGGGCAGCCCUGGCGCUCAUCAAGCAGACGCGACCCCUUGCCGGCCCCAACACGGGCUUCAUGGCCCAGCUCGAUCUAUGGUGGCAGAUGGGCUGCCCUGCCGACGGCGAUAUGGAGGCCCAGCCCAUCUACCAGAGGUGGCUGUAUCAACGCGCCGCCAGGGAGAGUCUCGCCGUGGGACAGGCGCCGUCACAGCUGUGGUUCGAGGACGAGGCUGCAGCUCAGUCAACGUCAGAUCCGUCAGCCUCGCCCUUGUCAUCGUCAUCGUUGCCUUCUUCGGCCCCAACGGCGGACCGGAAGCUCCGCUGCAAGAAAUGCCGCCGCAUCCUGGCCACAGGGCCCUUCAUCGUCCCACACCAGCCGCGCGCGUCGGGGACCACUGAGGACGACGGCGACAACGGAGUCCCCUCUCCGCCGCCGCCGCCCUCGAGCCCGCUCUGCCAGCACUUCUUCGUCGAGCCCCUCAGCUGGAUGCGCGCCGAGCUGGAGAAGGGUGAGCUGAGCGGCCGGCUCGCGUGCCCCAACCCGAAGUGCGGCGCCGGCGUGGGCCGGUACGACUGGAAAGGCUUCCCGUGCUCGUGCGGCGCUCGAGAGGACCCGGCCUUUUCGCUGCAGAAGGCCAGGGUCGAGGAGGAGGUCUCCAGGGCGGCCCUGCGGAUGCCUCCUGGCCGAGGCGGCAGCGGCAGCGGCAGCAAGGGCAAUUUGUGAUGAUGAUGAAUGUGGCUCGAUGUGACCGUCGAGCUUGAAUAUCAUGCAUCGCCAUGUGCCAAAAUAGAGUCCUGCCUCGCCUACUUCGUCU